AUGGAUGACGCUUGGGUAAACUCCCAGCGCAAAACAAUGACACGCUGGAUCAACUCGGUGAUCCAAGGCGAAUCGGUGGCUCCGAUAACCAAUUUGGAGCAAGAUUUGAGUGAUGGCUUAGUGCUUUACGCUCUUGUGAAUAACAUGUUGAAAACGUCAAACUCUGAUUAUAGUGGCACUACUCUUACUCCAUUGUACAAAGCACCCAAGUUCAAGUUGCAAAAAGUGGAAAAUGUGGCCGAUGUGCUUGAAUUUUUGCGGGUUGCUCUUCAGGUGAAUGUGUGUAAUAUUAGCGCCGAAAACAUCGUUGACAAAAAUUCAAAACUUGUGUUGGGGUUUGUGUGGUCCCUAUACAUGUACUCUUCUACCAGUACGCUUUCUAAAGCUCAUGAGGAUUGCAAUACAUUCCACAAAAUUAAGAAGAUUCUUCUCGAUUGGGUCAAUAGUAUCAUAAUCAAGAAGGACCUCCGAAUAUCCAAUUUUGACCGAGAUUGGUCUAUCCAAGAAAAUCGCCCAGAUUUGAUUCUCUGGGCUAUUUUGGACCACUAUAACCCGGAAAACAAACCUUAUAGAUCCGAAAAGAAAAUUCAAAACUUGCAGGCAGCAUUGGAUCGAGCCAACGAGUUGGGUAUCAAUUUAUCAGAUAUUGAUGAUUACCUCGUGUUGGUAUGCGACGAGCAGUGCAUUGUCACCACUAUGCUCGAAUGGUUUAAGUACUUUGAAAUUGAAAAGGCUGCACCUACUCGAGUGUUGGACAAGUUUAUUGAACAAAUUGUUGACGCCGUUGCAUUGAAAAGACAGUAUGAAUCCGAUCUCAAACUAUACUUUGGUAAGAUUGAACGAAUCAGCGCAGGCAUGAAGUCCAAUUUGGACGUUAUUGAAUCGGAUUCUCUGACCGACACAUGUGAAUUACUUCACCGAUGUUGUACCUUUUUUGAUAUCAUAGUGAUGGCUGAAUCUGAUGAGGAUUUGGUCCAUACUAUGGAUGCCUUGCAAUGCAUUCUUCAAAUGGUUGAGUCUUCAUAUACAAGUCUUUUGGAUGCGUUUGAAGAUUUUGAAACUUAUGGCAAGUCUAUGAAGCCACAAAUUGUGGACGAAGAAUAUGAAAAGUUGACCUCGCGCUUGCAAUUACUACAGGAAAAAUUGCAGCAAUUAGGUACGUAUUACGAACCAUCUGAUGUCUCAAACCCUCUGAAGUUAUUAGUGAAAUUGAGCGAGGUGGCCGAUAUGGAGACCAAGUUUGUUGAAAAAUCAGAAGUUGUGGUAAAAGGACUCUUACAAGUAAAGUUUCCAAAUCAGAGAGCCGACCAAGAAGGAUGCUCAGAAUGGCGCCGUAACACCAUUAAAUCUUGCUUGGCAAAGUUUCAAUCUUUUGACAAAAUCAGAAACAAUUUACAAGACUUUUUGGGCAGGUUCGACAAGACAUUUCCUCUCGAAAAGAUACGACGAGGGUUUGCAAUGCCCAAACCAGACGCUGAAGUAUGCGACGAUAUCGAUUAUUUCGAAUUGCAAAUGGAAACUUCGGUUACCACCGAGGUGAAAUUGUUCGAUGCCAUACUUAACAAAGUCAGCGAAGAUAUUUCUGUUGAUUUAAUAACCAGUUUUUUGAACCUUAUACCGCUGGAAACCAAGAAGUUUGAACGCAGCGAAAGUGACUUUACCCUCAAUUAUCCACUGGAUGAGAGCGACGAUUCCAAUUCUGUAUUUGAUGAAGUACAGAGGAGUUUAGGGUCGCAAUUGGCAGGACCUCAACGAGUGUACGAUAUCAAGCAAUUUCUUUACCGGAUACGAAACGGGUUUCAGGUGUAA